AAUUGCCGAGUGGUCAAACAGGUACACAGCUGUCGCAGAUAUGCUCUGAUGCGUUCGCAAGCUUAUAAUGCAUCAAUGCAUGAAUGCAUCAAUUCGUGCCUUAUAAAAAUUUGGCUUGUUUCAUGAUUUGUAUCGGCAUCUGUUGUAAGUCCUGUGGUUCAAAGCAACAUGACAAAAAAACUUGAAUUUGACUGGCACAUUAAGGUGCCCAACGUGCUGGUAAAUGGAUGUGAAUUUGAUAUGUGGACAGAAGAAGAGGGCUUGGAAUCAAACUGCCUCUUUAAAGUAGACGAAUACGGUUUUUUUAUUAAUUGGAAGAAAGAAGGCUGUGAUGGCGAUGUUCUCGAGCUUUGCCAAGUCAGUGACAUCAGGAAAGGAGGAAUUUCAAAGGACUCAAAGCUCUAUAGUCAAAUGCAAACCAAUUAUGGAGACAGCACUUUUGAAGAUAGAGUAUUGACUAUAUGUAGUGGCAGAGAUUAUGUGAACAUAAACUAUCACCAUGUGGUCUGUCCUGAUAGUAAAACAGCAGAGGAGUGGCAGAAUGGCCUGCGCAAGAUAACUCACAACAACAAAAUGAACAACGUCUGUGUCUCUACAAACCUCAUGAAGCAUUGGAUGCAACUAUGCAUGAAAACUGACCCUCAAGGUAAAGUUCCAGUCAACAGAGUUGUCAAAACAUUUGCCUCAGGUAAAAAAGACACAAAAGAUAUUAUCAAAUACUUAGAUGAUCUUGAGCUGCGAAACAAAACGGAGAAAGGAAAGAAUGAUUUUAUUGAUUCUAAAGAUUUCACUUUUGAAAAGUUUUACACACUUUAUCAUAAGAUUUGUCCACGAACUGAUGACAUUGGUGAUUUAUUCUCUGCAAUUGCAUCUGAGGACGAAGACUACAUUACUGUAACAGAGUUCAUAAAAUUUUUAAAUGAGAAGCAGAGAGAUCCGCGCCUAAAUGAGGUCCUAUACCCAAUGUACAACGAAGUACGUGCAAUGCAAAUUAUCAGCACAUAUGAGCAAGAUGAGAAAACUAAGAAAUCAAAAAAGCUUUCUAAGGAUGGUUUCACAAGAUAUCUUAUGUCUGAUGAGAAUGCUCCUGUUUUCCUUGAUCGCUUGGAUGUUUACAUGAAUAUGGAUCAGCCCUUGCCUCAUUAUUACAUAAACUCUUCCCACAACACCUACCUCACUGGAAGGCAGUUUUAUGGCAAGUCUAGUGUAGAAAUGUACAGACAAGUGUUGCUAGCAGGCUGCAGGUGCAUUGAGCUUGAUUGCUGGGAUGGAGAUGAAGAACCAAUCAUCACUCAUGGAAAAGCAAUGUGUACAGCAAUUCCAUUCAGGGAGGUCAUUCAUGCUAUUAAGGACACUGCCUUUGAAACAUCUGAGUAUCCUGUCAUCUUGUCUUUGGAAAAUCACUGCAGGAAAGCUCAGCAAUAUAUUUUAGCCAAAUGUUGUGAUGACAUUUUUGGUGAUCUCCUUUUGAAAGAACCUCUCAAAGAUUACCCAAUUCAGCCUGGUGCCCCAUUACCAUCACCAAAUGCAUUGAAAAAGAAAAUUCUUAUCAAAAACAAACGUUUAGAUCCAGAAAAAGAGAGAGAAGAAAUGGAAAAGUUCAAGACUGGAAAACUGAAUGAUGAUGAUGGUGAAAAAGAGGAUUCAGCUGCCCCAUCUCCGACUGUCAUAUCCUUAGACAAGAAGCGGAAGAUAUUAGUGGCAAGCAAAAGAUUGGAUAAAGGUUCAGGUCAAGAAGACAUUGACUUGUUUUUGAAAGGUGAACUAGUCUUAGUUGAAGGGGAAAAGGAUAAUAUUUCUGUACCCUCAAACUCAUCUAUCGAUAAGAAGGUGUCUGAUGUUCUGGAAGGGGUGCCUCUUCCCACUCAUUACACUGGUUCAACUACAAAUGUCCACCCCUGGCUUUCAUCAAUGGUAAAUUAUACCCAACCAGUCAAAUUCCAAGGAUUUGAUGUAGCUGAAAGAAACAAACUUCAUUACAAUAUGUCCUCUUUCAAUGAAAGCAAUGGUUUAUCCUACUUGAAGUCACAGGCCAUUGAUUUUGUACAGUACAACAAGCGCCAGAUGAGCAGGAUAUAUCCCAGAGGAACUCGCCUUGAAUCCACGAAUUUUUUGCCUCAGGUAUUUUGGAAUGCUGGGUGUCAAAUGGUAGCUUUGAACUUCCAAACUCCUGAUUUGGCAAUGCAACUCAAUCAAGGCAAAUUUGAAUACAAUGGCAAUUGUGGCUACCUCUUAAAGCCUGACUUUAUGCGAAGAGAGGAUAAAGUAUUUGAUCCAUUUGCUGACACCACUGUUGAUGGAGUUAUAGCUGCUCAAUGCUCUGUGCAGGUUAUAUCAGGGCAGUUUCUUUCGGACAAGAAAGUUGGCACUUAUGUUGAAGUUGAUAUGUAUGGACUUCCUACUGACACUAUUCGCAAAGAGUUCAAAACUCGUCUAGUUCCUUCUAAUGGAUUGAAUCCUUGCUACAAUGAGAGUCCUUUCUUCUUCCGUAAGGUUGUUCUUCCUGACCUUGCUGUGUUGAGGUUUGGAGUUUUUGAUGAGACAGGUAAACUGCUAGGUCAAAGAAUUCUCCCCUUAGAUGGACUCCAAACUGGCUAUCGCCAUAUUGCACUUCGAACUGAAGCCAACUUUCCCAUGUCCCUUCCGAUGCUCUUCUGCAAUAUACAACUCAAAAUUUAUGUUCCUACUGGUUAUGAAGAUAUUAUGUAUGCCCUUUCUGAUCCACUGAAGUACCAAUCAGAUCUUGAUAAACGGUCCAAGAUGAUACAGCAGAUGGGUGUCGAUGACGAUGACGAUGACAAAGCCAACAGGUCUGGUGGAAGUGAAGAAGGGAGUGCAUCAGGUGGUACAGUGAAGAAGGGAAGUAAAUCUGGUGGAAAAGAUGAAGCUGCAACACCUUCCAGCAGCACAAGGGAAAUUGGAAAGCUAGUCAGCCGCAACAGCUCUGCUUUGGUUGCUGGUAUUUCCCUCAUGGAUAAAUCUGAUGUGCAUGAGGAACCGAUCAAGUUAGCAACUCUGGAAAAGGAAAAGAGUUUCAUUAAAUUGCUUAAGAAAAACAAAAAAGAAGUUGAUUCUUUGCAGCGAAAACACAGCAAGGAAUUACAAGCAGUUCAGAAAGCUCAGUGCUUGGCUAUUGAAAAGCUCACCAAAGGCAAAAGCUUUGGUACUAAGGAGGAGUUAAGUUCAGAUCCUCAGAUUCAUGAACUUGUUGUUGAACAAAUCAAGCAAUGGUCAGACAUCAAAGAGAAGCAUCGUAGCUCUUCCUGGGAAUUAAAGAAGCAGCACCUUGUGCAGCAGCAUGAUGUUUUAAAAAGCUUACUUGAAACAGCUCUGGCAGCAAAAAUAAAACAGCAAGAAGCUCACCAUGAAAGAGAAAUAAAGCAACUAAAUCAAAAGCAAGCAAAGAUACUGGUUGAAACUACAAGAGAAGUCAAUAAUGAUAAAACAUUGAAAAGUAAAACAGAGAAAGAUAGAUGUGUCCGUGAAAAGAAACAAACAAACAUUAAGAAAUUCAUGGAAGAAAUAAAGCAACUAGAAACAAUUUUGAACAAAAGGAAGGAUGAUUUGAAGUCCAAACUCUUGCGUGAAAAGCAAAGUAUAAUGAAAGAAGUGGAAGAGCGUGCUGAUGCUCAUAGAAGAGAGCAAAUAGAAUGUCAACUCACUCCAAAGAAAGAAUUUUUCGCCUGAUCACUGAAUAGAACCCUAAAUUAUUGCCAAAUAAGUAAUAUGUGUCAAAUAUUAACCGUCUGCCUGGGAAUUCUGGGCACUCUCCUUUAAUCAUUGGUCUUUGUAAAAGCUCUUUAUGAAGUAAAAUUAUGUUGUUAUGCUAAAAGCACCAACAACCUUGACUUCACUUUCAUCCUUAUAAAUUAAACUAGAUUAUGUGGCUCCUUUAAGUACCCUUUGUUGUGACUCAAAGAGGUAAGCUUAGUGCUUAUUCUAUGCUAAAUACGCUUUUUAUUUCUAUGCAUUAUUAUCUUUUUAUGUCAUCUAGAAAGCUAAUAACUCUUGUUGUGAAAUUGGUGAUAUUUGAGAAUGUACUCUCUGUCUAUUUUAUGUCUUGGAUUAACGUUACCAUAAUGAUAUUUCUAUGGGACAAAAUUUAGAAAAAGAAAAAAAGCACAAAGAAAAAAUAAUUGGAAACAAUUGUAUGUGAUAUACUAUAAUGUUUUUGAUUGCUUGUUUGUUUAAGAUUAAUACAAAUUGCUGAUACUAAUUCUCAUAAAUUGCCAUGUUCAAAAAGAUGUCUGUGUUUUGCUGUUUUUCAAAGUCUGUCACUUUGAAGAAGCACAAAGUCCAAAGCACUCAGUACAUGUUCUCUUUAUUGUGCCUUUAUUAGUUUCAAUUGCAACACGAAGAGAUAAUGAUAGCUUGACAAUAAGUGACUGGGAACAUUAUAGUUGAUACAUUAUUAUAUACUUCAUUAUUAUAUGCUAUGUGGGUGGCUAUGAAGUGUCACUAGUCCAUGUAUUCCUUGACUUAUAGUUUUUAAAAGAAAUUGGUACAUGAGUAUGUGAGUUAAUUAUUUAAAUAAUUAAUUCCAUAACUGCUAGUCAUGUUGAUUUUAUCCUAUUUUCAACUGGUUGUUACUUUUAUGUUGCUAGUUAAUUCUGAGAAGUAACUGUAUGAGGUGAAAGGCCUUUGCGGCUUGCUUUUGAGAGGCAUAUAUUUUUGUGUGUGAAGAUUCCAUUAAACAUUUACCAUUCCUGUAUAUUCUUCACUGGUUGCUGUUGCACAUACCUCAUGAAUUUAGGGAAGCUCUGUGAGACUGAGAAGGUGGUUGUGUUUCUAAGGAGAAAGGGUAACUGUGCAACAAUACAAUUUUGUUUCGGGUUAUCUAGCCCAACUAUAAAAUAAAAAUACGUAGUCAAUGCUAUGAUGUAGGUAUCACUGUGUUAAAAAAAUUGCUAAUCUCGGCCCCCUACAGAAAUCUUCUCCAGCAUUUGGUUCUGUUUGGCUGAAAUUAAAGAUAGAAGGGAUCUCAGUUCAGACAAGCAGUCCUUUCAAUGACAGAACUGGAAAUUUUUGUUAACCUAUAUCAUAUCAUUUAAAAAUUUAUUCAACUCAAAAGUGCAUCCAUCCUAUGAAAUCAGAGGAAAAAGGUUCACCUCAGGUUUCAUUACAUGUUACGUCCGGGAGGUGCGGAAUGUUUCUGUCUGAAAGGCAAGUUUAAUAUCUUAAACUUAGCAUUUCCGCUCUCUUCUAAACAUCUGUAAUAAUUGGGAGCUUUAGACUAACGAUAUUGUUUUAUAAAUGAUUCAAUGUACAAUACUCAUUGUUAUUGAUAAUAUCAUAUUGUACCACAUCAAUAUCUUGCCACUAUCAUGAAUUUUAAGCCACCAUAAGAUGUUGGACAGAAAAAAUUUAAUUGAGAUAUGGUGCAAGAUCCAGAGGUAUGAAUGUGAGUGGGUGUUCUCUUUUAAAAGUUACUAGUACAUCACUAAUUUCUUACAGCUCUUCUCAUUAAGCUUUGCUUCCUACUAUUAAAGCUUUUAUUGUGAUAUUCCUUGUGCAUUUGUGUAAUUUGUAGAAGUUUGUGUCAGUGAGGAAAAUUUGAAGGCAUUGGACAGCAUUCUGAUGGAUCUGGUUCAGAAACGAUGCAGUUAUACGUUUUGCCUCCGCUAAAUUUAGGAUUAACAUAUCUGCACACAUACUUAAGUCAAUUGGUCCUUAUUACAAAAUAAAUGCUAUUAUGUGGCAUGUACAUUUGUUAUUGUCUGUGAAAGUCAAGCUGCCUGGGAGUGCACCAGGAAAGUGAGCCUCUUGCCUGACUUACAGGAAAGUCAGCGAGGGUCAGGCUGUCUGCUCAAAAUUGUGAAACUCAGGUAUGCGAUGUCAGAAAGGGGUCACUAAUAAGGACUGUCUGUUGGUCCCUCUCAAAGAGUGUGGUGUGCAUCACUUGUAUUCAUCACCUUCGACAUUUUUCAUUCCCUGCUAGUACCAACGGCAGAUUCAUUUACCUAGUCCCAGACAUUUCUGUGUUGUGCUUACUACUUCUGAUUGUGUCUUUCAUGUAAAUAAUGUGAUUUGUUGUUACAGUAUUGCAAUUUUAAAAAAUAAAUCAAAAGGUUUUGUGGAAAUAUAUAUUAUUUUCUCUGU